AUGUCAUCCCGAGCUAAUAAAGCUACCAUGCACGAGUUGAAGCUUAGGAGGUUGAUGGAGCACAACCAUAGAUUGAGAGAGGAAUUAGCUAGACCUAGGGUAAUGGUCAGUGUAGCCAGUUUGAACUUAAUCAAUCAUUGUCGAUCCACCAAAGACCCUCUCAUCCCAUCCCUCUGGGGUCCACUUCAAAAAGGUGAAGAUCCCUACGCUCCAGUAGAACAAGCAGGCUGUUGUUCCUGUGAGUUGUUCUCCCUCCAUCUCUGUAGCAGGGCAUAA